AUGGGCCAUGACACAGACACAAGUGAGGGUUGGCAGGAGGUGCUACUGCGGCGCGGCCCGCAUCGUUCGACUUCGUCGCCAUCCUCGAUGAUGGCUCCUCGUCCUCCUCGUCCCAUCCCUGGUUGGCUCCAUGGUAGAUGCUGUAGAUGCCUUGCUUAUGGGCAUCGUGCGGUUGUUUGCAGAGAUCCGUUGCGGUGCUCUCGUUGUUUGGAGAAUGGUCAUCGUGCGCGUGAAUGUCGCAACCCCCGGCGUCCUCUGAGCUCAUUAUCAUGCCUUGAUGUGCCGCAUGUGUCCCGCCUCGGCACCGUGCAUCGUGUUGCUCCUGCUUCAUGUGAGGGUUCGGUGAGAUCCACACCCCCUUCGAAGGCACUUCACCGUGGGUCUUGGGCAUCUGUUGUCUCUGUUGCUGCUGGCUCGGCAACCCCGUCCGAGCUGAUGUUGCAGUCCGCACUGGCUGAUCAGACUGCACUAUUGCAAGGUUGUGUGGCGCGGGUUGAGAGCUUUCUGGAGCGAGCGGAGGUUGCUCUGGGUAGACUAUCCCUUGUGCCGGCUCUGUUGCAGACCACUCUGACGUCACAUUCUCCUUGUGUGGCCGGUGUUUGCUCCGUGGAAGACAGGGGUGAGGAGUUGUAUGGCUCUUUCUCCCCUCGUGUUGGAGUCCAUUCAUCGUCGGUGCCUACCUCCCCUCCUAUGGUGUCUUCCACUGAGGGCGAGUCCAUCGCCGUGCUUGUGACUCCGGUGCUGCAGAUCAUGCCUGAGCUUAGGGAGCUAUGCCUAAGUCUAUCAGUGGAGCAUACGAAGGUGGACAUGUCGGCGGCCUCGAUUGAAGGACAAGUUUCGCCUCUGUCAAGUGAGCAGUUGGAGGUUUCUUUGGUUGAUGAUGCUAAAGGGAAGGCAGCUGCAAUUUCAUGA